AUGGCGGAGAUCGACGCCGCGCUGGGGGGGAGCGGGAAGGACGCCGCCGCAGCCAAGGCUAGGGCCGUGGAGCGGCUGGCCGCCAUGGCGUCGCAGACCCCCUUCGUGCUGCCCCGGCUCGAGAAGCUCGUCGCCCUGUUCAAGGACAGCAAGCUGGGGGCGCCCGCCAUCAAGGCGGCCAGCGCCAUCGUGGACGGCGUCGCGCCGAAGGGCCACGGCGUGGCGGCCGUUGCGGUCCCCGUGCUCCUGACGGGGAUGGAGAGCAAGGAGUGGAAGGUCAAGGCCGGCUGCAUCGAGGUGCUGCUCCCGUGCCUGCGCCAGAUGGACGAGAGCACCCCCGCCCAGCUGGCGCAGUGCCUGCCGCUGAUAGUGCCGCGCCUCGCCGAGUGCGCGCUGGAGGUGCGCGCCGAGGUGCGCACGGCGACGACCAGCGUGCUGCGAGACAUCGGGUCCCGCGUGGCCUCCCCGGAGAUCAAGAAGCUCUCGCAGGACCUCGUGACGGCGCUGGCGGAGCCGACCAACCAGAAGCACACGCAGGCCGUGCUCGCCAAGAUGGGCAACCAGACCUUCCUGUCGCUCAUCGACCCUGCCUCCCUCUCCCUGCUCAUGCCCGUGGUGGUCCGCGGCCUCAAGGAGCGCGACUGCUCCAGCAAGAAGUGGUCCGCGCAGAUCUUCGGCUCGACCUCCAUGCUGGUGCAGGACGUCGAGACCAUCAGGCCGUACCUCAAGGCGGUGCUCCCGAUGCUGCAGGAGGCGCUGACUGACCCGGUGGCGGAAGUGCAGCGCGAGGCCGCGAAGGCGUUCGGGGUGUUGGAGCAGGUGCUCCCCGAGUACUCGCGCAGGAGGAACCAGCCGUACCUCUUCGGCAAGCUGCGCUCCGGCGCGCUUGGGGAGCAGCUGGGCUCGGCGCUCGCGCUCGCAGAGGUGCUGCUGAAGAUGGACAAGUCCCAGGUGCCGGAGCUCGUCCCCGAGAUCCAGGCGGGCGCCACCGACGAGAAGGCGUCCGUGCGCCGCGGCUUCCUGGAGCUGCUGGACGCCAUGCCGCAUGCGAUGAAGAUGGACUUCGUGCCGUUCAUCGCCAAGCUCUUCCCGCCCAUGCUGAUGGGCAUAUCGGGGGACAAGGACAAGGACGAGGACGCUGGCCUCAAAGCGGCGACCUCGCUGGUUGGACGCUUCGGCGACUUGUGCCCGCACCUCCUCCUGCCCGGCUUCGAGCAGGUGUAUUGGGCCACUCUGCACGGGGAGACGGCGGAGGAGCGCAGCAGGCAGCAGGUAGUUAGGGACAAGGCCGCCAUGCUGCUUGGGAAGAUGGCCGAGAAGAUUCUGGAACAUAAGAAGUUCGGGCAGGACCUCCUGACCACGGACGACUGCUCCGACAAGGCCACGCGCGAGGGAGUACUGGUGCUCUUGUUCAUCAUGGUCCGGGACAAGGACGCCUCCGUCAAGCGCUACGCCAACGGCGCGUGGAAGACGUCGGGCGGCGCGCCCAAGCUCACUAAAGCGAUCAUGCCCAGGAUCGAGGAGACGCUGGCGAAGAUGCGCGCCGGCGACCUGGGCCUCGGCGCCCAGAAGCACGCCGCCUUGAUCGUCGAGGAGCUCGUGAAGAGCGGAGAGAUGGAGGCCCCCGCCGGCGACGAGCCAGAGGCCGCAGGACGUUUCCAGCUCGACGCCCCAGAGACCAAGGACGGCAGCGAGGCCUCGCGGAUCGCGGCUGGGAAGGAGCCGGAGAGCGGCUUCGAGGAGCUGAGCAUGCAGAGGAUGCUCAGUGGCUCCGGCGACAAGAUCGCCGACGUGCUCGAGGGACAGAUGGAGCUGCAGGCCCUGCCUGGGGACGUCAUGAGCCAGCUGUGCCACGUGGCCUCGUCCGUCAUCAAAGAGGGCCAGAAGAGGAAGAGCUCGGGGCCGAAGAUCGCGGCCCAGCUCGCGGAGACCCUGAAAGCCGUGGCUGAGAUGCCCGCGGAGGCCAUGCAGUGCAUCGAGAAGGUGGCCGAGCCCAUCGCCCGCGCCGCGCUCGGGGACAGUUUCGACGCCACGGCGGGGGUUGGCGAGGGAGACGACGAGAUCCUGCUCAGGGUCGAGAGCCUGCUCCUCAUGUACGGUGCUGGGCACCUGCUGCUCAAGGACACGACGCUGGAGAUGAAGAAGAACCACAGGUACGGCGUCGUCGGCCAGAACGGCGCGGGCAAGACCACGCUGAUGAAGGAGAUAGCCAAUCACCGCAUUGUCGGCAUGCCGCAGGACCUGAAGUGCGUCCACGUGGACGAUUCCAAGCUGAGCCUCAUGAGCAAGAGCCAUCUUACGUGCGUGGAGUACGGCAUCAAGAUGGCCAAGGACAUCGGGGUCCACGAUGCGACCAAGCAGACGCUGUUGGAGGUGGGCUUCCCCGAGAACAUGCACGACCUGCCUGUGUCCGAGCUGUCCACGGGCUGGCGCAUGAAGCUGACCUUACUGGUAAACAUGCUCAAGCACGCCGACCUCGUUCUGCUUGACGAGCCGACGAAUCACCUGGACGAAGAGUCCGUGAGCUGGCUCGGCGACUACGUCCAGUCGAUCAAGAAUUCCUCGGUGAUGGUGAUCUCCCACGAGCCCAAGUUCUUGAACAAGGUCUGCACGGACAUCAUGGCUUACGUGGAUAGGAAGCUCGAGUACACGCCGGGUGACUUCACCGCCUUCGCCGCGGCGAAGGGGCUCACCAAGGAGCAGAUCGACGCCAUGCUCUCGGGCAACUUGUCUUUCGACACGAAGAAGAAGAAGGCAGACGGCGAGGAGGGCGAUGGAGAAGAGGACGCCGCGGUCACGGCGCCCGUCUCCGGCCCACCAAAGCUCAGCUUCCCGAUCCCCGGCACCAUGGAGGGCGUAAAGUCAGGGUCAAAGGCCGUGCUGGAGGCCAAGAAUCUCUGGUUCCAGUACGGCAAGGGCAAGGCACGGUGGCGGACCUCAUCCGGGAGGCGAACGUGA